AUGCCUGUCAUCCGCGCGGCGGAGCCUCGAAUCACUCCUCGUGAAGGUUACAAUCUCGCCUCGCCCCAGCACCCCUCAAGCCAGUACCCCGAGCUGGUUAGUGAACACACUCUCUUGCCGCCGGUACAGUCCUGUGUCGAUAGAGGCACCUGCCAGACCGAGGACAACUCUGGAAUGGACAUCGUGACGGACACCAGAUACCGCAGCGGGACGGCGGCAGCUCGUGAAACUCCGGCAGACCGCAGCCGCGAGGAACACCGUGCUGAUAGCCUCGCACCUGGUGGCCCCCGCCGAAGCUGGUGA